GGUCAAUCACUAUAUCCGGGUAAUGCGCCAGUUACAUCCGGGAGCGUUGGUACUUAGUCCCUGCCGGUAUUGUGGGAAAAUAUGGCGGAUGGACUUGCGGAAGAAGAGGCCGUCGACUUGGCUCUUGAGGACAAUGAAGAAUCUACAACUAACUUGACUGACAUUAACAGUGAUAGUGCAGAGAAGAGUGAGAAAAGGAAACUUUUAGAGUCAUGGCUGAACAAGAUCAUGAGAAUAAAGAUUUCUGAUGGAAGGACAUUGAUUGGCUCUUUCCUGUGCACUGACCAGGACAGGAAUAUUAUUUUAGGAUCCUGUCAAGAGUUUGUUGGUUCCACAGAUGAGAAGGAGGAACCAAGGAUCCUUGGUUUAGCCAUGGUGCCAGGAAAACACAUUCUUUCCAUUGAAGUUGAUGAAGAGUGAUCCAAUUUACCACCACAAUGAAUUUACAAGCAAGAUAUAGUACAUAACCUACAUCUGGAAGCCUGAUCAUCUUUGGACCAGGAUCUGGCAAGCUUCUUGUUUAAAAUUGACAAAAACAAUGUAUGCUUCAACAUUCUCUUGCAAGACAGGAUUCUCCGCAAACAGCUUGCUGGACAUGUUUGCCAUCAAAGGAUUGUCUUUCAAAGCUAUAUAAUAUACCACAGCAAACCUUGUCAUACAUGUAGCUCAUAAGGUGUAAAUGGGUCUCAAUUUAUUUUUCCAGUCUGUUUGUGGUGUUCAUGAAUAUCAUGUUCUGUAGGUAGCCUACUGUAAGUUGGUUGUAUGUAAUGUGUAGACUGUAAUACGUAGAUACGUUAAAAAAAAA